AUCUGAAUAUGCCUUGUUAAUGAGAUUGUUACUGAAUCAGUUUCUAAUGUAAUGUGUAGGUUACAAAUGGCAAAGGGAAGUAAGGCUUUGAAGACAAUGAAUGCUUAUGGGAAAGGCAUAAUGCAGCGAGUUGAGGAGUGCAGGACCAGAUUGCUUGAGUCUGCAAUCCUAGACAUAAGCAGGUCACUGACGAACUUGGUGGACGGAAAAAAGAACAAAAAAAGGAAAGAGAAAGCAAAGGGAUCUAAAGAGGGAAACAGGGAUCUUGAUUAUUCUCCUGGUAGUCAGUCUAGUGAAGAAGAGCAAGAGGAGGAACAACAAAGGUCAAAUCAUGCUAAAGCAGUUUCGAAAUUGGAAGGAAGUGCUACAGCAGCUUUUGAACCCACUAAGCCAAAAAUGCAGAAAUUGUUACAUAAACAGGUGAUGACUCGAUCAUAUGCUCCUUCCCAAAAGUAUGUACCUCCAAUGAUGCUAAACAAACUUCUAAAGCAGAGUAAACAACGGAGACAAGUUGGUGAAAAUGGAAAAGGGAAAGCACCAACUAUGGCUGAACUGAUCUUGAAGAAGAAACAACCAAAUCAGGAAGCCGCCUUGGAAACUCCUACACCUUUAGCUGGUUGUCUUGAAAAUCAACUUGUGGUUGAUGCAGACUUAGAAUGGCUCUUAGAAUUGGAUGAAACACGACAUGUCAAUGUAGAUGAAGAGGAUAAAAGUGAUGGAGAAUCUCAAAACCCAGCAGAUGAUGGUGAAUCAGCAGCAAAAGAAAAUGACGAAGGUGCUGAUGAUGAUGGCAAUGACGAGGAAGUUGAUAGUGAUAAGGAGGAGAUGGAUGAUAGUGAUAAUGAGGAUGUGGAUGAUAACGAGGCUGAACAAAACACUGUGAAUGAGACUGAACAGCAAGGCUAAGAGGGACUAUGCCAAACACUUGGGCAAGGAAGGGCACGUAGAGAAUCAAGAAGUGCAAGCCAAAAGAAUCCUCCUGGAGCAAUAUAAAUUGUGCUGUUUCUGCUUUAUAAAUUUUACAUCUUCUGUGUUGUUUCUGACAUCCUGCUCCAGUGAUGAAGCGAAAUCUUUAAUACACUUCAUCUGCUCAUCCUUUUCAAUGUUCUGGUUCUGGUUCUGCCAUAUGCAAACAUUGAGUCUCAAUGUUCUGGUUCUUUGAGUCUCAAUGAAAUCUUGCAACUUUGAGUCUCAAUGUUCUGGUUCUGCCAUAUGCAUUAUAUAUGUAGUAUAUGUUUGAAAGACUUAUUUGAGCUCUGAUCUGGU